AAAAGAGACAUGCAUGCAUAUCAUUUGAGGAGCUCACAGAAGCCUGAACACUUAAGACAAGCAGCAACCAUUUUGGGAAUACCAAUACAACCAUGGAACUUUGGGUGUUACUCAUAAUGUUUUCAGAAAUAUGCAGCCUUUGCUCUGCAACAAGCACAACCUUAGAUCCUACUAUGACAACAACAACCGAGGCUACUACUAUGACAACCGCGGCUGCAACCACGACAACCGAGGCUGCUACCACGACGACCGCAGCUCCUACCACGACAACCGAGGCUGCUACGACGUCAAGCGCAGCUCCUACUACGAGAAACACAGCUCUUACUACAACAACCGCAGCUCCUACCACGACAACCGCAGUUCCUACAACCGCAGCUCCUAUUCCGACAACCGCAGCUUCUACAACCGCAGCUUCUACAACCGCAGCUCCCACUACGACACCCGCAGCUCCUACAACCACAGCUCCUACUACGACAACCACGGCUCCUACUACGACAUCUGCGGAUCCUACUACGACAUCUGUGGCACCUACGACGACAUCGGCAGCUCCUACUACGACAUCGACAGCACCUACUACAACAACGGCAGCUCCUACAACGACAACUGUGUCUACUACAACCGCAGCUCCUACUUCGACAACCUCAGCUCCUACUUCGACAACCGCAGCUCCUACUACGACAACCGCAGCUCCUACUACGACAAUCCCAGCUCCUAUUAUGACAACAGUAGCUCCUACUACGACAACGGCAGCUCCUACUACUACAUCUGCGGUUCCUACUACUACAUCUGCGGUUCCUACUACGACAACUGCGGCUCCUACUACGACAAACGCAGCUCCUACUACGACAACCGCAGAUCCUACUACGAUAACCUCAGAUCCUUUUACGAUAACCUCAGAUCCUUUUACGACAACCGUAGCUCCUACUACGACAACUGUAGCUCCUACUACAACAACAGUAGCUCCAACUACGACAAAUGUGGCUCUUACUACGACAUCGGCAUCUCCUACGACGACAUUGGCAUCUCCUACUACGACAAUGGUAGCUUCUACUACGACAACGGUAGCUUAUACUACGACAACUGCAGCUCUUACAACCGCAGCUCCUACUACGCCAACCGCGGCUUCUACUACGACAUCCGCGGCUCCUACAACAACCGCAGCUCCGACUACGACAACCAAAGCUCCUACUACGACAACCACAGAUCCUACUAUGACAACCGCAGAUCCUACUACGACAACCGCAGCUCCUAUUACGACAACCACAGCUCCUACAACCGCAGCUCCAACUACGACAACCUCAGCUCCUACUACGACAACCGCUGAUCCUACUACGACAACCGCAGCUCCUACUACGACAACCGUAGCUCCUACUACGACAGCCGCAGAUCCUACUACAACAUCGGCAGA